AUGACUGAUCUGACGGUAGAAAUGAUCGAAGAGAUCUGCGAUCGUAUCCAGACCGUUCAAAUUUCUGAUUCCAACCAUUCUCUCUCUUCUACCACAGAGGAACUCACAGAGACUGAAACUAUCGGAGAAGGAGAAACUAUUAAUUCGGAGGAAGAUAGCAUGUAUCGCAGAAACAGAGAAGUUUCUCCAACUCAGGGGCCCACGCUGCCAAUUUUGCAGAAAGUUAUCCAUUUGAGUAAUAAAAUUCAGAAUUUGAAGAAAGAACACGCUAGUCUCUCUGAUCAAGUAAAGACUGCUAAAGAUUCUUUUCCUGGUCCAGACAUUUUCGACAGUUUUCAGAAAUUCAGUUAUGAAUAUGAACUUCUAAAGAAGAAAUAUUUACAAGAGUUGUCUGAGAGGAAACGACUUUACAAUGAAGUGAUCGAGCUUAAAGGGAACAUCAAGGUCUUCUGUAGAUGUAGGCCACUAAAUCAAGUCGAAAUUACAAACGGUUCUAACAAUGUAGUCGAAUUCGACUCCUCUCUAGAUAAUGAGCUGCACAUCAUUUCCUCUGAUUCUUCCAAAAAGCAAUUUAAGUUCGACCAUGUUUUUAGGCCUCAGGAUAACCAAGAGGCUGUUUUUGCCCAAACUAAACCGAUAGUCACGUCAGUGUUGGAUGGCUACAAUGUCUGUAUAUUCGCCUAUGGGCAAACUGGAACUGGAAAGACGUUUACCAUGGAGGGCAAUCCAGAAAAUAGGGGAGUCAACUACAGAACAUUGGAUGAGCUGUUCCGACUUUCUCAUGAAAGAAGCAGUGUUAUGAGAUAUGAGAUAUUUGUUAGCAUGUUGGAGGUUUACAAUGAGAAGAUAAAGGACCUCUUGGUUGAAAACUCUGACCAACCACCUAAAAAGUUGGAGAUAAAGCAAACAGCUGAAGGAACACAAGAAGUCCCAGGACUUGUGGAAGCUCGGGUGAAUGGCACAGAGGAUGUGUGGGAGUUACUCAAAUCUGGAAGUCGUGCUAGAUCUGUUGGAUCUACCAGCGCUAAUGAGCUUAGCAGCCGUUCUCAUUGUUUGGUGCGAGUAACGGUAAAAGGAGAGAAUUUAAUAGAUGGGCAGAAGACAAGGAGUCACCUUUGGAUGGUCGACUUGGCUGGUAGUGAGCGUGUGGGAAAGAUUGAUGUUGAAGGUGAAAGAUUGAAGGAAUCACAAUUCAUUAAUAAAUCUCUUUCAGCACUCGGGGACGUUAUUGCAGCUCUUGCAUCCAAAACUGGUCACAUACCCUACAGGAACUCAAAGCUGACUCAUAUGCUACAGAGCUCUCUAGGAGGAGAUUGCAAAACCUUAAUGUUUGUUCAAAUAAGUCCGAGCUCUGCUGACGUUGGAGAAACCCUUUGUUCACUAAAUUUUGCAAGUCGAGUGCGGGGAAUUGAAAGUGGUCCUGCUCGCAAACAGGCUGAUCUCUCUGAACUUUUCAAAUACAAGCAAAUGGUAGAAAAAUUGAAGCAUGAUGAGAAGGAAACGAAGAAGUUACAGGAUAGCUUGCAAUCAUUGCAGUUGAGGCUUGCUGCCAGAGAACAUAUCUGCAGAACUCUCCAAGAAAAGGUUCGGGACCUGGAAAAUCAAUUGGGAGAGGAAAGAAAAAUCAGAAUAAAACAAGAAACACGAGUUUAUGCAGCUGCUUCUCAGUCUACAAAACAAGUAGUAGAGAAGAGCAAAACAGAGAAGAAGCCGCCUCUGGGUCCUUCAAAACCGAGGAUGCCAUUGCGAAGAAUCACCAAUUUCAUACCUCCACCAUCUCCUCUACAAAAACAGAAAACCACCAUUACUGGUUCUGCUGUAUCUUCAAUGCGUAACAAAGAAAACAAUCCAAGAAACACAACGGGAGGGACAAACACAAAAGGCCUUAUGAAACCCAGGCGUAUGUCCGUCGCAGUCAGACCUCCUCCUCCAAUGUCAACGCAGGUUUUUGAGCCCAAGAGACGUGUAUCCAUUGCCACCUUCCGUCCAGAGCUAACAUCAAACAUGAGUACACCGCUUCAAACCUCCUCUCCAUAUAGAAAUGGCAAUGUAGUUGGCAGGCAGUCAUUUGUCAGGGACCCAAAAAAGCCAAGGUAUUCAAAGUUGUUCUCUCCAAUGCCAGAGUUCAGGACUGCAUCAGAGACAACAACACCUACUGCUAUGAGAAACAGUAGUAAAUUCAUGGGGAGUCCUCCAACACAAGCAGGUUCAUGGAAGCCAAAGCACCCAAUAGUGGUUGCACUGCAACGAAAAUCUUUGGUGUGGAGUCCGCUCAAGGUGAGGAGCACGCAAAAUUUCCGGAGGCCAUCCUUGAUACCUUCAAGACCAUCCAAUGAGGGGCAAUGA